AUUCCAUUCUUUGUAAUGUAAGAGGAUUCGAUGUUGCACCAUCUUCAACUCUUCUCGGAAUUCGGAGUUUUUUGAGAAAAGGUCCCAUCCUUCAAUAUCAUGAUUGGGUCGACCAGGCCAGAUCAUGAGUGAAUAGAAAAUAGAAAAUGUACAUAGUUGUUCCAGCUGAAAUACUUGUAAUAAUUUUCUCACUUCUACUAGGAGUAGCCUUUUUAGUGUUAGUUAAACGUAAAGUAAUGGCUUUUGUGCAACGUCAAAAGGGUCCUGAUGUAGUGGGGUCGUUUGGAUUGUUACAACCUCUCGUAGAUGGUUUGAAAUUGAUGAUAAAAGAACCUAUUUCACCAAGUAGUGCUAAUUUAUCCCUUUUAAGAAUGGCUCCAGUGGCUACAUUUAUGUUAACUUUGGUCGUUCGGGCCGUUGUACCUUUUGAUUAUGGUAUGGUAUUGUCAGAUCCGAACAUAGGGCUACUUUAUUUGUUUGUCAUAUCUUCGCUAGGUGUUUAUGGAAUUAUUAUAGCAGGUCGGUCUAGUAAUUAG